AUGAUCCAUGGCCUUGUUGGGGACGCGCGCGCCUUGCUGGUGCGCGCACAGACGCCCAAGAUCGGCGUGCUGUUUGUGCCAGGCAACCCUGGCCUCUCGACGUACUAUGCGAGCUUCCUCGAAACACUGUGCCACGAAAAGGAGCUCGCGGGCACGGUGACCGCCCUGUGUGUCUCGUCGCUGGGGCACGAUGUCGCCGAGGACGCGGCGGGCGGCACGAAAGGAGGCGCACGUACGCUCUUUGACGCCGAAAUCGACGAAAGUCCGGUGCCGCCCACCGGCCGCGUCUCGCUCUUGGGCUACGAGCGCCCCUACUAUACGCUGCAGGAUCAGAUCAAGGCACAGGGGCACGCACUACGCACGCUGCAGGCCAUGCUCCCGCCCGGCGCGCCAGUAUUUGUCUUUGGCCACAGUGUCGGCGCGUAUAUUGCACUGCAGCUCCUGCAGACGAAUCCGGCCAUACACGGCGUCUAUCUCCUCUUCCCGACGGUGAGCUACAUUGCGCGUGCGCCGCGUGCACGCUCGCUCGUCGUUCCCCUGACGCGCGUCGGCAUGUUUUUCCUGCACUACCUCACGAUGCUCCUUGCGAUGCUUCCGUUUGCGUGGGUCGCCAACAUUGUCGCGUUCGUCACACGCAUGGGCCAGCAGCCUGCACACACCACUGCCUCGUUCGUCGUCGGCCCCGGCGCGGCGUUCAACGCGCUCGGCAUGGCCGGCGACGAGAUGCGCACGAUCACGGCCAUUCCUCCUACACUCCUCGACUAUAUCGACAAGCACAACACGAUCGUGCGUGCCUACUGGGGCGCCGGCGACUCGGAUACCUGGGCGCCGUCCUGGCACCGCCGCCACGCCGAGCAGUCGUUCGGCCUGGACACGAGCGCACUCGCACGCCGCUCGUCGACCGUCUGCGAGCUGGGAAUGCCGCACGCAUUUUGCCUACGUCACAACGAGCCGCUCGCACGGAUCCUUUCCGCGUUCGUAGCGACGAUGACCGACGUCUUGCCGACGCUCGCGCGCGAAUGGGCGUCGCUCGGCGCGUCGAAUGCGCCCAAGACGGUGGUCCCGCGCGACUCGCCGCGUAUCGCCGCAGCGCUCAACACGUUUGCGUCGUACGUAAACGCGGAAAAGCAGGUGUACAUUAGCGCACAAGCGAGUGGGCGCCGGAUCAAUGUGUUCCUCGGGCGCAGCCAGCUGAUGCAGUGCCUGUCGUUUGAUGAUGUUCCGGGCAGUGCGGGACGUUUGCACACCGCAACAGUGAGCAGCAUCGCCCUCGGCACGGAGCGGGCCGACUCGGAUACGAUCCUGCUCGCCGCGUCAUUUGCAGGCGUCAUUGCCAUUUGGCGCCUCGAUGCGCUGAAUAUCGGCAAGUUUCAGCAGGUGCCGACCUAUGCGCGGUGGCGCCUCGACGGGACGCUACCGCUUCCCGGCGAGUACGUCACGGCGCUCGGCGUGCACUGGGGCCGCCUCGCGAUCGGCACGGACAAGGCGGUGUCGGUGUGGCAGCGCAGCACGCGCCCAGGCUCGCAGUGGCGCCGCACAUGGCGCAAGAGUGCUCCGCGCACCAUUCUCUGCGUACGGUGGUCGCCCGACGGCAUGUACCUCGCUGCAGUGCCGCUGUACGACAAGCGCGUGCUUGUGUGGCACACGCUCGAGCAGGACAUGAGUACACUCGCUCUUGUCGCCCAGCUGUCGCACACGCGCGUCGUCCACGCGCUCGACUGGCGCCAAGCACGCGCCGAGGCCGAGCCGCGUGCCGUGCUGGUCGUGACGACGGCGAAUAGCGCAGCAUGCAUCUACGCCCCGGUCGUCGACGAGCCGUUCGUCCUGCGGCAGUGGGCCGCAGUCGAUGCAACGGUUGAUCUCGGAACGGAAACGACUUCCGACGUGGUCGCACUGAUGUACUGCGAUGCGUAUCGCCUCGCGACUGCGCUCCAGCACGACAUGGACCAGCUGGCAUACGUCGAGCAGCACGCCAAUAUUCAUGGGCACCAGGUCGAGAGCCAGCAGUUGCGGCUUGCACAGCUGCAGCAGCUCAUGGCCCAUGCGCCCGACCUCUUUUUUGCGCUGCUUGCCGACGGAUCGAUCGCAGUGUACGCGCUGAUGAACCUCGAAAGCAGCUCGCCUGCGCUCCUCAACACGUACAUCAUGCUGCGCCUUCCGGCGGGAGUCGCCGUAGAGUCGUCGCCUGCGCCGCUGCUCUUGCAGUUUGUCCCGCUCGCAUACGCUGGUGUGCCGGAAGGAGGCGGCGUCGUGCCGACGGCCAUCAUCCACGCACAGUCGGCAAACGGUAUGCGCGGCACCGCCGCUGUAUCGCUCGCGCUCCUCUUUGACGGCGACCAGCGCGGCAUCUUUGUACAGGAUACGCUUGUCGCCAACGAGCGCGACGUGGCGCGCAUGCCGUCGACGUCGGCGCCGAUGCGCUUCCUGCGCGCGGAGCACAAGACGGACAUUGUCGCCCUCGAUGUGACUCACUCGCACCGCGGCAUCCUUUCCCUGUCACAGGACGGUGUGCUCAUCGGCUGGCACCUUGCCGAAAACGGGCACGGCUCGCUUCUGUCGGAGCACCGCGUGCGUCUGAGGGGCGCGUCGAAAGCGUGCGUCCUUGGGACAGACGCGCAGGUCGCGGCGCUUGUUCAUGGGCGCCUGACGCUCGUCGUCACGGAUCCAACGCAGGCGGCUGGCGGAAGCAGCGCGCUAGUCACCGCCGACAUGGCCGUCGAGGCGCAUGAUCUGCCGAGCGGCUUGGCCGAGUCCGAGGCACUUGUCCUUGACAGCGCAUGCAUGGGCGACGCGUUUCUCUUAGCCGUCUGCUCGACCUCCGGCACGGUCGCGACGUGGAAAGUGGCUGCGCACGGCAAGGCGUACCACAUCAGCAGCCCUGCGCUCGCAUCGCUGGAUAGCAUCGAGCCGCUCGGCAGGGUACGUGUUGCGACCAUGGUCGAGUCGAUGGUGCUAGCCGACGGCACGUUUCAUUCACUGUGCACCGUCGACGAGCACGGCACACUCGACGUGUGGGCCUACAAAGACAAGUGGCACAGCCGCGAGCGCACCAAGACGGCAUGGCCCGACGUGCGCAUGAUGUGCGGCAGCCAUGCCGGCCACCUUGCGCUCAUUGCAUGGACGCGGAAAGGAUGGCACGUCUCGAUUUGGGACAUGUCCCUCGCUCCCUUCUGCCACCCGUGCGUGCAGGCGAUGCACAUCGGCGGUGACGUGUCGCAUGUGCCUGCCGCCGCAUGGAGCACGGAGCACAAGCCGAUGCUCGCGGUUGGGUCGCAGGCCGUCGUCCGGGUCUGGGCACAAAAGACGGAGCAGAGUUUGCUUGGGCCUGUUCCCCCGGUAUGGGGCGCAAUUGCCGAGGUCGAUAUUGGCGCCAUUGGCUCUGGCACCGUGUCGCAAGUGCAGUGGCUUGCAGGCUCGCGCCUGCUCAUUGCGUCGUCGUGCCAGUUGUUCCUGUACGCUGCAGGCGGCGACAAAGAGGCGCCUGCGUCGCUCCCUGCGCUGUGCGCCGCGAGUGCAGCGCUUUUGCCGCUGUACCACCCCCGCAAUGUGCAGUAUGCGUUGCAAAUGCGUAUGCUCGAUGGUGUCUAUGCCAUCUUUGCGGAGCUGCGCCGCGCUAUGAGCUCAUCGCUGUACGACGCAAAACAAUCCGCCGACAUCCACGUCCCUUGGGAAGUGCUCACGCGCCGUGCCAAGACGGAAGAGCGCACCGAGAGGGAUACCGAGCUGCUUGCUGCGCUCGUCGAGGACCUGCAGCAGCGCCCGGCGCCCGGCCUCGCACCGGAAGUCACCGCGUCGCUGUGCGACGUGAUCGAGUCGGCGCGUGCGACGCUGGCCGAGCCAGUCGACGAGGCGGGCCGCCUGUUUCUCACGUACCUCUACCCUGCGUGCGCGCUCCACGAGCCGAGCCAAGCGACGCCGGCGCUGCCCAGCGGUGCCCUUCUGUACUGGGGCCACCAAAGUGCCCACCAAGAGAUCCUGGUGGGCCGUGUACAUACAGCGUGUCCCCGCCUUGCAUGGCCGCAGCUCUGUGCGUCUGGCGUGUUUGCCUGGGCGCGCGACCGCGCGACGCUUGUGCCUUUGAUGGAGCAGGCGGCGCGGGUCGCCUAUACGGCCGGCGACGACGUCGACCCCGUGCAGUGCACGCUCUUUUACCUUGCGAUGCGCCGCGAAAACACGGUGCGCUCCUUGUGGCGCCGUGCCAUCGGGCAUCCUGACCAAGGCAAGAUGACGCGGUUCCUUGCGAACGACUUUUCCAUCGAGCGCUGGCGCGUCGCCGCGCAAAAGAAUGCAUUUGCGCUGAUCAGCCAGCGCCGCUUUGACUUUGCCGCGGCCUUUUUCCUGCUGGGCGAUGCGCUGCAGGACGCGGUGAAUGUGUGUGUGCGCAAUAUGCACAACAUCCCCCUCGCCAUUGCUAUUGCGCGUGUCUAUGAAGAGGAGGACUGCGGGCCGGUGUUUGAGCGGCUGCUGCGCAACACGAUCGUGCCGCUGGCCGUGACGUCAGGCGACCGCUGGCUUGGGUGCUGGGCGCUGAGUGUGCUGGGCGACUAUGGCGCCGUCUUGCGCAUGCUCCAUCUUCCUAUGCGCGCCUUUGCUGACCGGGAAAAGGACCUCGAUGCCGACUUUGAAGAGGGUGUCGGGAACGAUAUCCAGGACCCCGCGCUGGUCCUUGCGCUGGAGCAGGCCAAGACGCAGUUGUGGUUUGCUACGAACGAGUCGGAGCUUCCCCCUGCGUCCGAGUCGGCGUUGAUACGCUUCGCUGCCGAGCGGUGGCAGGCGAUGGGUUGCGACUACAUCGGUCUCGGCACGCUCGCGGCGUGGUCGUUUGCGCGCGACAUUGCCCCUGCGGCACCCCCGCCCGAGCAGCCGACGAAAAAGAUUGCGUCGCUGCUCGCCCCCGAGCGCGCCCCUCCCUCGUCGCAGGGCGCGGCAGAGUUCGACCUCGGGGCGUUUGGAUUCUAG